GUGAGAUUUCCCCCUUGUGCUCGUCCCUUUCCUACAAAUCUUGGAAAAGCCCUAGAAUUGUUCUUCGAUCGCAAUGCUUUCUCUUUCUCGGUGUUUCAAUCUCUUCUUGGAUUGCUAGCUCUUCCAAUCCGGGAAUCUGGGAAUUCUCUGUAAAGGUUGAAAUCGGACGUUGAAUUGCUAUAGAUUGAUAAUGCCGUUUGUUAUUCUUUGAUUUUUUGUGAUUUUGAUGAGGGAUUUGUGCGGGUUGUGCUGAUUUUUUGGUGUGAUCGUGGGUGUUGCAUGCUUGGUUUUGGCGUUGUUUGAUUGAGAGGAAUCAUGGCUCAGAGUAAUUGGGAAGCGGAUAAAAUGCUUGAUGUUUAUAUUUAUGAUUAUUUUAUGAAACGAAACUUUCAAUCGACUGCCAAAGCCUUCAUGGCUGAGGCGAAGGUUGCAGCGGAACCAGUAGCCAUUGAUGCCCCUGGAGGAUUUCUGUUGGAAUGGUGGUCUGUCUUUUGGGACAUUUUCAUUGCCAGGACAAAUGAGAAGCAUUCUGAGGUUGCUGCUGCUUAUUUAGAGGCUCAACAACUUAAAGCAAAAGAACAGCAGUUGCAGAUGCAGCAAUUGCAAUUAAUACAGCAAAGACAUGUUCAAAUGCAGCGAAGAGAUGCUAAUCAUCAAUCUUUUAAUGGUCCUAUAAAUGCCAUUGGUUCUGAUGGGAUUUUGGGGCCAUCAACUGCUACUGUGUUGGCGGCCAAAUUAUAUCAAGAGCAAAUGAAGCAUACUAAUGGACUUGAUUCAAAGGCAUCUCCUCAACUUCUUGAUGCAGGUAGAAUGGCCAUGCUUAAUUCAGCAACCAAUCAUCCUGGGCAGUUAAUUCAAGGGAAUGCAGGCAAUGUGUCUGCUGCCCUACAGCAAAUUCAAGCACGAACUCAACAGUCUGCUGAUAUCAAAGGUGAGAUGGGUGUAGGGCAAAGAUCUUUACCUAUGGAUCCAUCCUCAAUGUAUGGACAAGGAAUAAUUCAGUCAAAAUCUGGAAUAGGCAGUGCUGCAGGAUUGAGCCAAGGUGUCAGUGGUAUGCCACUAAAAGGAUGGCCUUUGACGGGCCUUGAUCAAAUACGUCCAAAUUUAGGCCCACAAAUGCAGAAACCUUUUAUUCCCACACAAAAUCAGUUCCAGCAUAUGUCACCACAACAACAACAGCAAAUUUUAGCACAAGCACAAGGAACUGGCAAUCUUCCUAACUAUGGUGACUUGGAUCCUCAAAGAUUUAGGGGAUUGACCAGGGCUAAUUUGGCGGGGAAAGAAGGUCAACAAGGUUUGAAUGAUGGUUCAGUAACUUCAGUAGGUUCACCAAUGCAAUCAAAUUCACCAAAUGUCAGAUUGGAUCAAUCUGAACAUCUUAUGAAGAUGAAGCCAACCCAUAUGCAGCAGUCCUUGGUUCAACCACAGCAGGAACAGAUGCAGCAGCAGCAACAGUUGCAACAGACUACUAGAAAAAGGAAACAAACUUCUUCUUCUGGAGCUGCCAACAGCACUGGUACGGGGAAUACUGUUGGGCCUUCUAAUUCUGCUCCUUCAACUCCAUCAACUCACACACCUGGUGAUGGAAUGGCAAUGGGCGGAAACUUGCAACAUGUUAACAACAUGUCAAAAAGUCUAAUGAUGUAUGGUGCUGAUGGAGCUGGUGUACUGGCUUCGUCUUCAAAUCAGAUGGGUGACUUGGAACAUUUUCCAGACGUUGGUUCAUUGGAUGAUAAUGUAGAGUCAUUUCUGUCACAUGAUGAUGCAGAUGCAAGAGAUAUAUUUUCUGCAUUAAAAGCAAGUCCGGCAGAGCAUAAGUCAGAGUUGACGAAGGGUUUUACCUUUAGCGAGGUAGGAUGUACUCGUGCAAGUAACAACAAAAUAGUGUGCUGUCACUUCUCUUCAGAUGGAAAGUUGUUGGCCAGUGCUGGGCAUGAGAAGAAGGUUUUCCUGUGGAACAUGGAUACUAAGCAAACAGAAAGCACUCCAGAAGAUCACACUCUUAUCAUUACAGAUGUCCGCUUUAGACCAAACUCAACUCAUCUGGCCACAUCUUCUUUAGAUAGAACAGUGCGAUUAUGGAAUGCAGCUGAACCGAACUUUUGUUUGCACACGUACUCCGGGCACACCUCCCAGGUGACGUCACUGGAUUUUCAUCCCAAAAAAACAGACUUGCUUUGCUCCUCUGAUGGUAUUAGUGAGAUUCGAUUCUGGAAUGUUGGCCAAUAUUCAUGUUCUCAUAUUUCCAAGUGUGGUGCAGCACAAGUGAGAUUUCAGCCUAGAGUUGGACAACUUCUGGCGGCAGCGGCAGAAAACACAGUCUCCAUCUUUGAUGUCGAGACAGAUAGGAAGACACUUACAUUGCAGGAUCAUAAUACGGAGGUCCACUCGGUUUGUUGGGAUGCAAAUGGGGAAUACUUGGCAUCUGUUAGUCAGGAUUAUGUUAAGGUGUGGUCCAUAGUAUCAGGGGAGUGUAUCCAUGAGCUGAGCUCCAAUGGGAACAAGUUCCAUUCUUGUGUUUUCCAUCCAACCUAUACAAGUCUCUUGGUUAUUGGUGGUUACCAGUCAUUGGCACUAUGGAACAUGGUCGAGAACCGUACAAUGUCCGUUCAGGCGCAUGACGGUCUGAUUGCAGCAUUGGCCCAAUCUCCGCUCACCGGAAUGGUUGCAUCCGGCAGCCACGAUAAAUCCGUUAAAUUAUGGAAAUAAUAACUUCGGGUGAUUGAAUUCGUAUUAAUGGUAUUCGAUUCUGAUUAAUUGCGGUAUCCGUUCUCGUUAUUUCUUUUGUUUUUUUUGGGUUGGUGUUUUUCUUCCUAUAAAAUAAAAAUUUGGGAUGGUAGCAAGUUUGAAGUGAAGAGUGAAUUAUCAUUAUGGUGUGUUAUGAAAAAGGGAUAGUACUUAAUUUUAUUCCUCUAUAUAUUUAGUGAUUUGAUGUAAA